AUGCCUCCAACCAAGAGAAAGAUAUGUGUAAUGGGCUUCCGUGCAGUCGGAAAGUCAACCAUCACUUUGCAAUACGUAGACAAGAACUGUCCCGAUACUUAUAAUCCAACGAUAGAGAACACCUUCCAAAAGGUGAUCAAACUACAGAGCAACAAGGAAUAUGCAACAGAGAUUAUAGAUACUGCUGGUCAGGAUGAGUAUUCUAUAUUGCAGAAGCAAUACUCAAUCGGAAUACAUGGUUAUAUAUUGGUGUACAGUGUAACUUCAGCGUCUUCAUUGGAUGUUAUCAAGGUGUUGAACGAUAAGAUAUUGAAUGCAUUGGGUACCGAGAAGAUACCCAGAGUACUAGUCGGUAACAAGUCGGAUCUAGAAGGUGAAAGACAAAUCAGUAAAGAGCAAGGACAGAGUCUAGCAAAUGAGUGGGACUGUGCAUUCGUCGAGUGUUCAGGCAAGAACAAUGUCAAUGUGGAGGAGGUGUUCAAGCAGAUAUUGAUGGAGAUUGACAAAAGCCAGCAGCCCGAGGCGCCACAGAGCAGUGGAUGUAUUCUGAUGUAA